GAAAGCCGGCUCAAAAUGAAAGUUGCAACAGAUCUUCCCUUACAUGACAAAUUCCCCCCACGAUUUCGAGACGAAGGUUCACAAUGCGUUUCAGUUGCUGAAAAUGAAACUGCGGUUCUUUCAGCCGAAUUAUAUGAAAUAGGCAACGAUAUCGAAAUUAUAUGGUCUAAAGAUGGGGCUCCUAUAGCACCUGAACCACGCCGAAGGCUCAAAAUUACCGCAAAUAUAGUCCAGCUGACUUUAGACGACGUCCAAAAAAGUGAUGCUGGUAUGUACACUGUCACGGCCAAGUCGCCUUCUGGGACGACUUCCAGAGAAUUAGAAUUGAGGGUAAACAGUGGCAAAAAUACGGAUGAUAAUGAUGAACCUCCGGCUUUCCUUCGACGACUCAACGACCUCUCCGUUAAAGUUGGCACAAGAACUAGGUUUCUUGUCGAAAUAAGAAGCUGUUCCGAACUGACGAUCGAAUGGUUCCACAACGAAGAAAAAGUGGAGGAAGGAGAACGACUAAGAUUUGUCAACGAGAGUGGUUUUCACUGCAUCGAUGUCGCUCCAGUCACAGCUGACGAUGCCGGAAGAUGGACCUGUACGGCUCGAAACGCGUCUGGACAAGCAACGAGCACCUGCCAUCUCAACGUACUCGUACCGAAAACUUACAAACCUCCUGAGUUCCUGGAAGAACUGCGCGCUCUUCUAACCGAACAAGGAACCGUUUCGUUGGAGUGUAAGGUGGUAGGAAUACCGACUCCUCUACUUCGCUGGUUCAAGGAUGGAAAAGAGAUCAAAGCUGGAGACGUUUUUGCCCUCACGGCAAACCCUGACGACCCAACUUCUCUUGGAACAUACGUCUGUGAGGCGGUCAACUGUAUGGGCAAAGCUGUAUCCAGUUCCAAAGUACACGUGGUUGGAAAGGGAAGUCGAGAAGGGUCCCUUAAACCAGCUGAUAGUUCUAUACCAUCUGGUCCUUCACCGAUAUUUACUCGAAACUUGCAAAACGAAUCAAUCAAAAUUGGUGAUCCUCUGUUAUUAUCCUGUCAAGUGUCUGUACCUCCCUGGCCCAAAUCCGUGGCUUGGUAUAACUCCGAAGGCCGAAUCAACGAUGAAACUCCAGGUAGUAGGUACCGACAAAUGGCAGAUGGACUUGGAGGGUACAUGCUUGAAGUCAAACCCACAGAAGCGGCAGAUCAAGGCGAGUGGAAAUGUGUAGCAACUAGCCAAGAUGGUGCCAUUUCAAUUUCUACCUGUGACGUUAAAAUGACUAUACCGAAACAUUUUCGAAAACCUCGAUUUAUGGAUACUCUUAAGGCAGUAUUAACCGAAGAAGGCUUAGUUUCUUUCGAAUGUAAAGUAGUAGGUUCCCCUACCCCUGUAUUACAAUGGUUCAAAGAUGGACAAGAAUUAAAACCGGGAGAUGUCUACCAACUGACAGGAACAAACUCGUUAGGUUCUUAUUGUUGCAUUGCCAGAAACUGCAUGGGCGAAGCGCGAAGUUCAGCUGAAUUAACAGUGGAAGAUAUUGAAAGUCAACUUAAUGACGAGGAGCGAAACCAAUUAAUUUUAAGGAGCCAAGCACCGAAAUUCAUUCAUGGCUUGAAAAGUGCCGAAGCGAGAAUUAACGAACCGUUCAGAUUUACCGUCCAAAUCAGUGUAACAACUCCUCUACCAACUCUGUCCUGGUAUCGAGACGACCAACCCCUUGAUAACGAACCCGAGCGUUACGUUGCCUUGAAGGAAAACCUAGGAGUUGGCCAUUUGGACAUUAUAAGAGUAGAAUUUAUAGAUCAAGCAGAGUGGAAGUGUGUGGCUACAAACGAAUUUGGCCACUCUGUCACCUCCUGUUUUCUCAAACUCAUUAUUCCAAAACAUUUCAAAAAACCUAAAUUUUUGGAAUGUUUACGAGCGGUUUUAUCCGAAGAGGGGGCCGUUAAUUUAGAGUGCAAAGUAAUCGGAGUCCCUCCACCAAUGCUCAAAUGGUAUAAAGAUGGAGUUGAGUUGAAACCAGGUGACAUUCAUAGAAUCACUUCCGGAGAAGAUGGUACUUGUUGCCUUGGUACUUAUACAUGUGAGGCAAGAAACUGCAUGGGUACCGUGGCCAGUUCGGCAUCUCUUCUUGGUUUCGAAGACCAGAAAACUAGAGCACAACAAAGAAUGGAACUAGCAAGACAGCCUUCAUUGUCGACAAUUCAUGAAGAAAGAACUUCGCAGAUUUACGACACAGCAGGUGACCAGUCUCUUACUAUAGAUGACAGAGGAGAAGUUUCCUUCUCGUUUGAUGGAAAAGAAGUUUCUGUGUCGUUAUACGAAACUCCAGAUUUGACGGAAGAAGAAGCAAUACAAAUUGUCGAGAUGUAUGCUGACCAGUUGUCGGAACACGUUUCCGAACAUAAUAUUGUGGAACUUCCUCCGUUGAGGUUUGUCAAAGAAACUUCAACUUCCGGUAAUCUUUUAAUGGAAGCGGUAGUUGUUGACGUUUCUGAAAAUUUCUUUACUCCUGAGGAACAAGAUUUGCGAACUGAAGCCGACGUUGAAGAAAUAUAUUCAAUAACGGACGAAACUGGUCAACUGGUGUCGAGUCUUACAUCUGAGAAACUCAAAAUUGAUGUUUCAACAUCAAGUGGUGACGCUCCCAAGAGGCCUCCAAGAAAAUCGGAUUCACAGAAGAGCAACUCUUAUUAUAGUUUAACCAAAAAUCUGUCAUUAGAAUCAGGAGCCGGUGAGGAAAGCCUGGCGGUAGUUGCUGACUUAGACACGGAGUCUUACGGUGAGUACGAGAGUGCUAUUAGUUCAGAGAAAUUACCGGGACAAGAUCGGGCCUUCCAAGUGGCUGCAAUUACCGAAACUACCAGUCUUCCUGGAGAUGAUAUCGAAUCAAGAAGACCGUUAACUCCACGUACCACUCAUGAAAUCGGUUCAGAUUUGAGAGUCAAUAGAAGUGAAAGUCAAGAGUUAAACAGGAGUGCAAGAAGACGGUCAUCUCAAAGCUCGGACGAAAUGUCGAAAGACGGAUUAAUGAAAAGACCACCAAAGAAGACCAAGAGUUUGGAUAUUCCUGAUGAUUAUCAAAGAGAUAUUCAAGGUGAAGAAGGUGAUGGUUUAGUUAUCGAUCCUGAAGUAAAUGCGGCUAAACAACUCGAACUUAAAAGAGAAGAACUGCAAAUAAUCGACGACCUGAAAUUAUGUAUAUCGGAAAUACAGCAAGGUUUGCUUGCAGUCGAGGAAGAAUUGUUUGUGCAAACCACUCUUAAGUCAACAUCAGCUACCGCAAAACAAAGUUUAGACACUUUAAGCAGCAUUUUGCAACCAUUCAGAGACAUUCAAACAGUUUUGCAAACAAUAGUGCAAGAAGAACACAAAUCGGAAAUAUCAGCUGUUGAGCUAAUCGCUCCACCGAUUUUUGAACUACAAAAAAGCUUGUCGGUUGUAGAAAAAUGUAUCGAAAUGCAAGGCAAAGAACACACCCUAAUCCAAAAAACGUGUGCCAAUAUCCUCGAUACAACUGGGCUACAAUUACAAAAGAGUUUGCAACUGAUUGAAUCUUUAACUCUUCUGGAGAAAGAAUUGGACACUACUAAAAUUUCAGGACGAAUGACUCCCUCAAAAAUUAUACAAGAAGUUUGUAUUACGAUCAGAGAAAUUCAAACAGGGCUACAAAGUGCGGACGAAAUUUUACAAACCAAACACAGCGAAAGUUCACAGAAAUCUUUUGAGAACGAUUCGAGUACAAAAACACUAAAGAAAGACUUUAUGUCAUGUAUUGAGAGUCUGGCUAAUGACCUCCAAAACGGAGUGAAAAAUAUUCCAUAUUAUGAAGAAUUAGAUCCACGUUUCCGAGAAUCGUCCAAGAAUAUAUUGGACAAUCUUUCUGAACCAAUAAGGAAUUUGAUGAAAGAGUUGUCCAACAUUAGUAAAUUGUCAAUUAGACAUUCCUUGGAAAGAUCUUUAGAACAAGAAUUGAGACUAGCACUAAUUGACAAAUUAUCACAUCCUCUAGCAGAAUUAGUAAACGUAAUAGACGAUUUGAAAAAAACGAAUUCAGGCGAUUUCCGAUUUAGUGAGAUUAUGGAAAAAAAGACGAUUAUUGACGAUUCUGUUGAAAAAAUCGUUCAGUCUGUGAAAACAAUAAAAGGAAAAAUUCAACCUGGGACUAUAAUUGAACAAGAUAGUCCUGAAGUAACUUCACAAGACAUUGUUAAAGACGUGUUUGAUCAAGUGAGCCAAAUUGUACUCAGUAACAUCACUCAAUCAAUCGAAGAUCUUCUUUUCAACAUAGAAUCUGCCCAAAAAGUGGUUACUGAUACUGUCAUUUUAGAAGCAUUGAGGCAAAUUUCGACACUACAAAAGGAUUUAGCCACCACUAUAAUCAAAGUUUCUCAAAUAAAAAUGGAACCGACGCUUAAUGCUAUCGAAAGUUUGGCUCAACCACUUGACGUUUUAAAUAAUCAACUGACGGAAAUAACGCCAACCACAGGAAGGGAGGUUUUAGACGACUUUAUUGCUUCAUUGAAUAUCCUGGAAGACAGUAUAAUAGUAGAUGAAGAAAGGCUUGAAACUAUUGAUUUGUGUAUCCCAUUUUCGAUACUCCGAGGACGAACAAGUGAAGUUCGCGAAAACAUUUGUAGCUUAACUGAACACGGGACAGUCCCGGAAUCAUUAUCCGAAGAUUCCAAAGAAGGAAGUGUUGUUGUUAUUCUUGAAGAAUCUUCGGAAACAGUAGUGCCAACAGCAUUAUUGGAAGACACAAGACAAGCAAUUUCGUGUUUAGAAAACGAGACUAGAAAUAUUUCUAGAGACUUGGCUGUACCUCUCAUGAGUUGUCUGAGAACUCUUUUAGAAGUCACAGGUGAAUCAGCUUUAGAAAAGAAAAAAGAAGAGUUAACUCUAGAUGAACGAAUAGCUUUACAAAAUUUUGUGGCACCUCUUGAACAAAUAGAAGACGCUCUUAUAGAAGCACAAGAUGUACUAAACGAAACGCCAGGAGUUUCCCAAGAAAGUGACAAAAUUCGACUAAUACUAGAACACAUUCAAUAUAAUGUUGCAGUGAUGCAUCAACAGAUCCUCGAUGAAGUUAUGUUCUUAGAACAGCUGCAACAAACACAAAAAUGUAGUCUGGAUGACCUGAAGAGGUCCAUAGCUAAUGUUCUCACAUUACCGAUAAUGCAAGAAGCACCACAAUCCGAAUUUAUAGCUUCUGCAGCUAUUGGGAAGGCAAUAAUCGAAAAUGUUUACGAAUUGGAAAAAUGUCUUGCUACACUUUAUCAAGGGACAAUUGUCGAAGGAGUUGAAAAAAUCGAGCCGGAAUUGUACCAAAAAGCCUCGGAAGUUGUGGAAUGUGUGGAAAAAUUGACAAAUCAACCACAUUUCAUCGAAAGGAACGAAUCUGCAAUCACUGCACAAGACGUAAACGAAUUGAAAAAAAUUUCAGAUUCGUUACGAAAGCUUGACGAUAGUGUUUCAAAUAUUCAACAGUUUGAAGAACAGAAAAAGAAAGUUUUUGCUACCCUUAGAUUGCCUCUUUUGAGUCUCAAUGAUUUAGUCUUGGACAUAAAACACGAAACGUUUCAGAGAUACGUACCACAAAUUGAGGAAACGAUAGGUGAUGCUCUAGAAGUGUUAACAAUUGAGCAAAAUCGUGGAGACAUUACUCCUGAUCUUUUAGAACCUUUGAGUUCUUUAGAAACAGUUUUGAAUGAAGUUAAAGCAAAUGUUCGUGUUAUUGAUCAAAAACCCUUGUCUUUAAAAAGUUUGCACAUGUCUUUAAGCCAUUUAUCUGAUAAAGUUAAAGAAUUGAAUGCGCAUACUGGUCUAAAGUAUAUCUUGAAAUCGUUAAGAUUUAUGUUAGCAGCUUUUGAGGAAGCUUUGAAGAAUGUAACACCUUCAGCAAGUGAAAAUAUUAUUGUCACUCUUCAAACUUUGCAAGAAUCUUUAAGUGUUGUGGAAACUAAACAUCCACAAAUUGGAGAAAUACGUGAAGAGUUAUCACUUUUAUUAAAUUGUGAGGAAUUAUUUAAACUUGACUAUUCAGAAUCGCGGCAGUUAGAAAAUGUAAUUAAAAUAAUGCAAACUGUUUGUGAUGGAGAUAACUUAAAAACCAGCGUAGAAAAAUUAAAUAUGGAAGUGAAAUCAUUAAGUAUGUCUCAUCGAUCAAUCAAAAUCGUUGAGCACCUACAAAAAGUAGCAUUUCUUCUUAGCAAAAUCGUAAUCGCUGAAGCCGCCAGCCAAGAGAAACCUGAAAUUUCUGUGAUAAAUCAAUUUAGUGAUGCUGUGACAGGUUUAAUGACUACAGACAUCAAAAAACUUACGACUGAUCGAAAAUUAUUAUUUGAUGAACUUCGAUAUACACUACCGGUCUUAAGAGACAACGCACAAAAUGUUCCUUUAGAUGAAUUUGAACAAGAAAUAGUUAAACAAGCAACAAAUGUGGUAUCGUUAGUUUCGGAUUACAUAAACAAUCAAGAAAAUGUAACAACUGAAAAACUCUUACAAUGUGUUGGUCAGACAAAUGACACAGUGAAGACACUAAAAAAUAAUAAGGAUUUAAUAAAAAAUAUCUGUGUUUUGUAUUUUAAAACAGUGAAUACUUUGCAAAAUAUUAAAAAAGAAGAAGAUCAGAGGAAAGAGGUACAAUUGCAAUAUAUUCAGAUGGUUGCUGAUUCGGUUCAAGGUUUUGCAAAGCACAUUGCAACAAUUAAGUAUUCUAAUGUUGAUAAAGAAAAAAUUCUGUCUUUACAAAAGUCGCUCUAUCCUUUACAAAUGGCAGUCAACGAUUUGAGUCAACUAAAAUUAGCGGCUAGUGAUUUAAAAUUUCUUGAAAAUAUUGCAAAAAUAAUGACUGAUCUUGAUACAUUUGUGUCAUCAAAGUUGGCAGUCACUGAAGAAAUUUUAACCAAAGGUCUUCCGAAAAAAGAAGAUAUUAUUAUUUUGUUAAAUAUUCUUAACAAGGCGGUGAAAUCAGUUGAAGAAAAUUCUCCGAUUAGAAAAAUCACACAUUUGUUAAACUCAUUAACUGAAAAUAUGCCUGACUUUGCUCAACAAUUACAACAAGCAUUUACCAAAGAAGUUAAGACUGAAAUAAUUAAUAAACAACUAAUUACACCCUUGAAGCAAAUUGAAGAAAAGUUAUGCCAGCAAUCACAAAUUGAUCUAAAACAGAAUUUAGAGAAAAUUCAAGAAAGUUUGAUCUGUUUUAAUGACAUUCUUCAAGAAGAAUUAACUGAAGAUGAAAUUAAAUUUGCUGAAAACAUUAAACUUUAUAUUGAUGAGUUGAAAAGAAUUAGUGAAACUGAAGAUUUAUCAGUUUUAAAAGAACGUGAAAAUAAUUUAAUCCAAACAGAAUCUGCUCUCGAAGUGCCUCAUUUACAAAUUUUAUCACAAACUCUGUUGGCUACAGGGAAACGAAUACAAGAAGAAAUUGAAACACAUAAAGCAAAACAAGUGGAAGAAUCACUUAACCCAAUGCAAGAACUUGUUUCACCAAUUAAAGAAAUGCAAAGUAAACUUGAAACUUUACAAAAUAUGGAUUUGCCUGAAACUGAAAAAAUUCAAGGCCUUUUGUGUGAAGUUCAGAAGUUGGAACCAAUGGUUCUGGAAACAACUUCUCUUUCGCCUUCUGAUAUUUCACUAGUCGGAGCUGAAAAAGAAUUAUUAUUAGAACUAAGUAAUUAUAUUUCGUCUCAAUUAAGUGAACAAAAAUAUGAACAAGUUGCUUUUAACAAUUUGUCAAAGAAAGUAGAGGCACUGAAAACAACACCAAGUGAUAAUGAAAAAUGCUUGAAAAUCUGCAAAAUAAUGGAAGCUACAGUUCAAAGUAUCGGCGAAAUUGUGAAAAUGAAAAAAUUCGAAGAAGCUGCCAAAGUAAUUAAGUCUAUGGUAGAAAAAUUGGAAAUUCUUCGAGAAAGCAUUAUGAAAAUUGAAGGGCAAAGUGCGACAGCUGAAAAGAAAGCGGCUGUAACUGAAUUACAGAAAUCUGUUCAAGCUGUUGAAGGAAUGAUUGGAAGCAAUUUGCCUCUUAUUCUUCAAGCAGAAGAAAAAAUGGUCGUCGAUGCAGCAAAUAAUACUUUGAAAGAACUCAACAAUUACAUGGAGCCUCAAGGGGAACAAAAAGCUACGGUUGAAACUGUCAAAGCCGUGAUUGAUGAUUUGCGUUUAGCGGUUGUAAUUCUCCCUAAAGAAUCUAAAAUUAAAGAAACGAUGGAACAUCUGGAAGAUACUGCCAAGAAUGUUAUUAAUUUAAUGGAAAAUGUCCCCGUACCGGUUGAAACUAAAGUUAAAACAAUAAAAUUAGUUAAAGACAUGGAAGAGAGGAUCAAAAAUAUUAACAAAAGUCAGUUGUCUAAAGAAAAACAGGAAAUGUUGAAUAAAAUGACACUCACUACUGUUAAAUUAGUUGAGCUCUUACAAAUUGUUAAAGUUGAAAAUGAAGUAGAAGAGCAUGCUGUUUCCCUACUUCAUGAUUUAUUGCAAGAACUAGAUGAUAGUUUCAACUCUAACGAAAUCAGUGAUGAAAUCAAUCCAAAGUUGAAAAUCUUCAAGGCCUGUUUGGAAGAAGCUCAAAAAGAUUCGCCACUAGUAGAAUUCCCCGAAAUUCUUGAACUUUUUAUAAGUCACUUGGAGAAAUUCGUAGUUAAAAGCAUCGAAGAACCGUUGCCUUGCAUACCUCUUACAACACUACAAGACACUUUGCAGUCAUUACAAGAAUCAAUUUCUACAGCAGAAGCAAAACCCGAAGAUAAAGCUACUAAAAUAUUAAUCACGGAAAUGCAGAGACCUCUUACGACUUUGCUAUUUGUCUCUGGUAGUAUUUUAGAAGAAAGAAAAGCAAAGUUAUCACAAGACGAUUUAAAUCACAUCACUACAACUUCGGAGACGAUUGAAGAUUUGAGCAAAAUCAUUGAAGCAGGAGACGAUGAGAUGGACAAAGCGAAAAUGUUAGAACACCAAGCUGACAAACUGAAAGUUCUACUGGCUAGUAUUAAUUUGGAAUCGCAAAUCAAAGAUUUGAUAGAACCGCUACAAGACGUGCAAAACUGUGUUAAGAAAGCCAUGGAGAAAGCAAUAAUUAAGCAACAAGAAGAAGCAGUGCAAAAAGAGCAAAUUGUGAAAAAACUUGCCAAAUCGUUUAAAAAUUUCAAAGAGUGCAUUAUUCAUUUUGUUGAAAAUAAACCGACAAGCCCUAUUUUCACUGUUUUACAAGAACUAGACAAGCCGUUACAAGCUGUUAUUCAAGCUGUGAGUGAGGUGGAAAGUACAAAAAUGACAACUCAAGACUUAGCAAAGCUGAAGGAACUGAAUGCUUCUUUAGAACGCGCAGCUGAUGUUCAAGACGACAUAAGUGAGCCUUUGCUAAUAUUAAAAGAAACGCUAUCUACUAUUGUGACUUCUCAAGAACAAACUGUUGAUUUGAAUACUUCAAAAGCCGAACAAACAUUCCUUCAAUGUAUUUCUGAACCGUUGGAAGAACUUGACACGGCUAUUGGAGUUACUCAGUUAGUUUUAGAAGAACCCAAAUCUAGCGAAACUGAAACACUACUGCACAAAAUAAAUACAUCAACUAUUGGUUUGUUGAAAUUUGCAACUGUGCUAAAAAAUAUUCCUCACGGUAAUUUGAAACUCUUGGAAAAGCUUGUAAACCCAUUUUAUGCUCUUCAACGGCAAUUAUCGAAAUGCGUGGAAGCACGAAUUUUAGAAGAAGAGUUCUCAAUUUUGAACACCAUUGAAUCAUCUUUUCAAAAUAUUUUGGAAAUUGUUCAAAAAACUGAUGAUUAUGAGAAUUUUGAUAUCAAAGAAUUGUCUCAACCUCUGGAUGGCAUACAGAAUACAAUAAUUAGUGUCUGCAAUAAAGCAGUUUUGAUCGAAGUGCCUGAAGGUCAAGAAUCCGUAUUGCAAAAAUUAUUAGAACCAUUAGAAAAUGUUGUUAAGGCUGUUAUCAGUAUCCAAACCGAAUUAUCAAACAAAAAUUCUUUGCGGAACAUGUCACAACGCAUUAAAGAGAAGUGUAAGGAAAUAAAUCAGAAAUUGGAUAAUGCAGAAUUAAAAGACAUCGCAAACCUUGUGCAUUUAAUUCUAGAUGAUUUAAAAAAUAUAGAAUAUGAAGAGGCUUCAAUAAUUUUGGAAAAAUCAAAACCUUAUUUGGAGAAAAUUGUUGCUAAAGAAGUGACUGUAAGUGGGCCUAUUAGCGAUUCAUUAGUACGAUUUAGUACUGUCUAUGCCGAAAUAGUAAAAAUGAAUAAGGCGGAAUUAACUUCUACAAACAUCUGUAAAUUGUUUAAUUGUUUAGAAAAUUUGACAAAUGUUUUUACAACUGAAAUUAAGGUCAAUGUGGCACAGAUGUUAAAAGAACCAUUGAAACAGAUUGAACAUAAAGUCGCUUUAUUGGCUUCUCAAGUAGAAUCCUGUCCAGAACCAAAAACAGCAAUAGUGUCGUUGGCUGAAAUCACUUUACCAUUACAAGAACUAGAAGAAAGUGUUCAAAAAUCGGAAGAAAUGAUAUCCGAGUCAACAGAAGAGUUAUCUCUAAGACAAGAGACUUUACAAAAAGUUAAAGAACCCUUAGAAAAACUAUCCAUUUUGAUGACUUCUGUGCAAGAAAAUCUACAAACUCCCCAAAUAACCGAACUUGAAAAACAGCAAUUAAAGGAAGCUCUUGUUUGUUUUAAGGAGAAUUUGGAAUUGAUAAAAUCGGCACCGGUGACUCACGCAACUAUCAUUAAUCAGCCUCUGGAAGCCUUGACAGCUAAAAUUGAAGAAGUUUGGGAAGCUACAGAAAAAGAACAGAUGGUUGAAGAAGAAGAAGAAGAAAAAUCAGCAACAAGCGAACCAAUUAUUAAUGAAUUUAAAUCCGAAAAUCUUACUGUAAUUCAAAACUUUGGAAAAUCUUUAACUGAUUCGAGAAAUGUCUUAAGAGAAUUUAUCAAUAAAGUAGGAAAUGUAAAAGACCAUGAAGAUUUGAUUGCUUACGAAGAACUUGAUGACGGUUUCUUGUUUCUUUUUGAAAGUUUACACAAUUUGGCUAAUUUAAUCAAUAAAGAUAAAGUACAAGACUUAAAUCUGCAAAACUUAGAUAUUUUAAAUACGACAAUGAAAGAGUUUAUGACUUUUACUAAACAACUUAAGUUAGUAGAAGACUCUUUAAAUAAACCUGAAAUCCACAAAAUGAAAAAUAAACUAAGUCAUUCUUUUGCACAAUUGAGAAAUAAAAUUGAAGUUCUUAUAAAAUUAUCUUCGGAAGUUAAAUCAUUGCAACUAGUUGUAGAGCCACUGAAAUUAAUUAUUUUGAAAAUCGAUUAUAUUGAUAGUAAAAUAGAAAAAAUCGAACUUUCGAAUCUUCCUACAACUAAUAUUAAUAAAACACCAGUAGAAAAUUUGUGUAAUGAAUUAAAAACUCUAGAAACCACAUUCUUGUCUUCAAAUAUAACACCAAAACUAGCUACAGUAAGCAUCAUCGAAACGCAAGGAUAUUUAACAAAUUUUGUGAAAGCUUUAAUACAAACUGAAAAAGACUUCAACAUUUCAGGAAAAGACAUUCCAGUAGAAGUUACAGAAAAAGUAAAACGAAUUAAAGAACCGUUGAACAAAUUUUCGGCAGUUGUUGUUGAACUCAAAAAUUUAAUUGGAAAGCCGCAGCUGAAAGAACAUAGUAAAAAAUUGCAGCAAGCAGUAAUAACACUAAAGGAACAAACUGAUCAGUUGCUAGAAUCGAUUCCACAAAAUGAGACUCUGUCCCAACGGACGAGAGAGUUAUCAGCGAAAUUAGAAGAAAUUCAACAAAGACUUAUAACUGAGGAACAGUUAACUGUAAAACAAAACACACAAAUUAUUAAAGAUCUUGCAGAACCUAUCAUUACUUUAUCACAAGCGACAUGGGCACUAAGUGCGCUAAUAGAAAAACAAAAAAUAUUACCCCAACAAGGGGUAUUAAAUGUUGUGGAUAUGAAAGACAGUGUAGUUUCGGUAGUAAGUGCGUUACAAGAAACUGAAAAACAUUCCAUUGAAUUAUGUAAAGAAAUACCAGAAAAUGUCAAAACUACGAUAAGUCAUGUUAAGGAACCUUUAGAAAAGUUGGCGGCGGUCAUUAUGAACAUAAAAGUAGCUGCAGAAAACGAAAAAAUACAAGAAGUGGAUAAAUCCGAAGUUUGCGACACUUUGAAGGCCACAGAAUUGAAACUAAACCAAGUGGUGGUAAAAGUUACUGAGUCUAAAAUGCUACAAGAAGUUGAAACACCGAUUAAAACACUUACCUUAAAGUUAAAAGAACUUGAAAAUCGAAUAAGAAAUGAAAAACCUGUUGAAAAAGCUGUUUUGUCUCCUAUAACAGAAUUAGUUAAUGAAAUAAAAACAUUAAAGGCAGAGUGCAAAUCUGUAGAAGGUGUUUCUCAGAAGGGUAUCAUCGACAUUACUGAAAUAGAACAAGAAGUAGAAGCUUUAGAAAAUGUUAUAGUAAGUUGUGAAGAUAACAAUUUGACCGAAUUAGAAAAUUUGAAAGAACCGUUAGAAAAUCUGCGCUUGGUGGUUGAAGAAGUUAAAAACAGUCUUAAUAAACCUGAAAUUCAAGAACCUCUCAAAGCUAAAGUAGCGAAGAGCUUGGAAAGUGUAAAAUAUGAGCUAAACCAAGCUGCAGAAGCUAAGGUAUCAGAAGUAACUUCGCUUGCUGUUAAAAAACUUUCGGCGAAAUUAUCGGAAAUUAAAGACGUUAUUGAAGCAGAAAAGACAAGUUGUGAAAAAGUACGUGAAGCGACAAAAAUAAUUCUCCAGCCUGUCGGUCAGCUCAAGGAUCAAAUACAGAGUUUGCGAAUUAGUGUUACUGAUCUAAAAUCCACUCCUCAACAAGCCAUUUUGAACAUUAUUGAAAUCGAAAAUGAUUUGGUUAACUUACAAGAUGCUUUCACUGAUUCUCAACAAAUGUCUCUUGAGGAAGCUGAAAAAAUAAAACCAGAAGAAUUAGAACAGAUUGAAAGUUUGAAACAGCCUUUAGAAAAAUUCGCUGCUGUUGUGGUUGAAAUAAAAAAUAUUGUCAACAAACCUGAAGUUCUCGAACAACAAAAAUCAAAAAUGAAAAAAGCAAUACAGGCCUUAAAGUGUGAUUUAGAAAAAAUCACGCAAAUAAUACCGGAAGUAAAAAGUUUAGAAACUUCACUUUUAGCAGCAAAGCAGCUUUCAGCUAAAUUGACACAAGUAGAAAAAUUAAUCGAGACUGAGGAAAAACCAAAAGUGGUGUCCGAAGAAAUUAAAGUAAUUUGUGGAUCUCUUAUUGACCUAAAGCAAGAAAUUCAAGCCUUGUAUUUAGAUAUUAAUGACGUCAAAUUAACUUCACGACCAGGAGUAUUAACUAUUGUAGAAAUUGAACAAAACCUUUUAAACAUCGAAAAUGCUUUAGCUUCCGUAAAAAAUAUGCCCAAACCACUGACAGAACAAUUGAUUUGCUUGAAACAACCUCUUGAACUACUUUCCUCAGUAGUUGUCGAAAUAAGAGGAACUCUUAAGAAACCUGAGAAUAUAAAACAGAAAAGCCCAAAAAUUUAUAAAGCAAUACAAGCAUUAAAAUGUGAAUUGGAUAACGUUUCAGCUGUAGUUUCUAAAAGUACAUCUUUUGAAACUAUGUCGGUUGCUGUGAAGGAACUCUCAAGUAAAUUAUCAGAAAUAGAAAAGUCAAUAGAAGAAAUGGAAAAAGAAGAGUUGAAAUUAAAGCAAGCUGUUGUUGAACCAAUUACAACUUUGUCUGAAGAAUUAAAAACUUUAAAAUCUGAAAUAAAAGAAUUGGAGACGAUGCCUCAGCAAGGCAUUUUGCAAGUUGCAGAGUUAGAACAAAGUCUUGUUAAUUUGCAAGAAGCUUUGAUUAGUCCUGAACAAGAACAACAAGUGGCGAUAGAAGCAAUUCAAAACGUACAAGCCUUAAAAGAACCUUUAGAAAAAUUAACGGCAACUGUUAUAGAAAUGAGAAGCGCUGUUAACAAGCCAGAAAUCCAAGAACAACAAAAACCUAAAGUAAAACAAGCAUUAAAAGCGUUAAAAUGUGAGCUAGAGAAAGUAUCACAAGCAAUUCCGGAAGCAAAGCGUUUAGAAACUUCUUGUGUGGCAAUUCAACAAUUAUCGGCAAAAUUAUCAGAAAUAGAAAAGCAAUUAUCGGAGAAGCCAAAAACCGAAUCUAUAGUUUUGUAUCCUAUAUUUAAUUUAAGAUCAGAAAUUCAAGCUUUGCAAGCAGAUGCCAAGGAUUUAAAACUUACGCCUCAAAGGGGAGUGUUUGGAAUUUUAGAAAUUGAACAAAAUUUAUUAGAUUUGCAAAAUGCUUUAACAGAAACUGAAAAACUCACAGUUGAAGAAAGGCAACUUGUAGAAAAUCAAUUAAAUUCUUUAAAACAGCCUUUGGAAAAACUUUCAGCUGUUGUUGUUGAAAUUAGAAGUGCUAUUAACAAACCGGAAAUAACAGAACAACGACCAAAAGUUUGCAAAGCAAUUACCGUUUUGAAAUGUGAAUUAGAUCGGGUUGUUCAGAUAAUUCCAGAAAUUGAAGCUUUAAAAACUUCUAUUCUUGCUGUUAAACAAUUAUCAGCUAAAUUAUCUACAGUCGAAGAGAUGUUACAAAAAGAAGAACACUCACCACAAUAUUCUGAAUCAAUGUUAGCCGUUCUACAACCUGUCACCGUUUUAGCAGAAGAAGUUAAAGCGUUACGACUAGAAAGUCAAACAGCAGCUACAUCUCAACAAGGAGUCUUAACUGUUACAAAAAUUGAGCAAACGCUGAUAAAUUUACAAGAUGCUUUGAAAUCACCUAUUGAAGAGAGUGGGGAAUUGACCAUUCAAGCUUUACAACAAAUGGAAUCGUUAAAAGAACCACUUGAAAAAUUAACAGCAGUUGUAAUAGAAAUGAAAAGUGCUAUAAAUAAACCAGAAAUACAAGAACAACAAAAACCAAAAAUUGAACAAGCUGUCAUGGCGUUAAAGUGCGUAUUAGAUAAAGUGUCUCAAACGAUGCCGAAAGAAAAAAGUUUGGAAACUUCGACAGUUGCUAUAAAAGCGCUUUCUGCUAAAUUAGAAGAAGUAGAAAGUUCAAUAACACCUAAGGAAGAAGAAGAAAAUCGAGAAGAAUUUUUAAAAAUAAUUAACGCUAUUCUUAAUCCCAUUGAAUUGCUUUUAGAAAAAGUAAACGUGUUAAGAAGUAAUGUUCAAGAUAAGUCGCUGGUAGCAGAAAGUGUUUUAAAUAUUAUUCAGAUUGAAGAAACGUUGGUGCAUCUUCAAAAAGCUGUAACUUCGAGCGUAACUUCAUUUAAAGAAAUUUCAAACAAUGUACUUAAAACAUUUAAUGAAAUGCAAGCAAUAAACCAACCCUUUGAAAAUCUUGCUCUAGUUGUUGAAAAUAUAAUAAAAUAUAUUAACAAACCUGAAGGACUUGAAGUUCAAAGAGUGAGCAUCUGUUCGGUCAUUUCUGCUCUACGAUACGAAUUAGAAGUCCUGUUAGGAAACAUUCCAAAAAUAAAACCUUUUGAAGCUAUAUUCAUCGCAGUCCAAGAAAUGUUAUCUAAGUUGACCGAACUUGAGAAAAAGAUGUUACAAAAACAAGUUACUUCAUCCCAAGAAGCUACUCUUAAAAGUAUUAGCAACGUUGUUGAAGAAAUUAAAACUCAGCGGACGGAAACUAAAGAAGUGGCAACUCCACAACAAGGCAUUUUAAGUACUGUUGAGUUAGAACAAAGUCUGAUUGAUCUAAAAGAAGCUUGCAUUAUUGUUGAAGAAAUUCCAUCUGGUGAUGUUCAAAGUCUUAUUCCCGAAGCGACAAAAAAAAUCGAAGCAUUGAAACAACCUUUAGAAAAAUUAUCCGCUGUCAUUGUUGAAAUCAAGAAUGUAGCAAGUAAGCCACAAGUUCAGGAACACAAACCAAAAAUUGAGAAAGCAAUACAAGCUGUAAAAUGCGAAUUGGAAAACAUAACUCAAUCGAUAUCAGAGGCAAAAAGUGUUGAAAUUUCACCAAUAGCUUUAAAACAACUCUCUGCCAAAAUAACAGAAGUUGAAGAUUUAAUGACAGUUGAAAAACCUAAGGAGAAUUUAGAUUUUCAAGCAAUAAAUGUUCUAGUUGAUGAAAUCACAGCUUUGCAAGCUGAUAUUGAAGAUUCAACUGUUCAAUUUGAAACAGGAGUUUUAACUAUUGUUGAGUUGGAUGAAAAUUUGCGUAACUUCAGGGCAGCUGUAGCCACCUGCAAAGAAAUUAUAAAUGAUGAAGUUUUAGUAGCCUUGGAACAAAUCGCUACUUUUGUUGACUCUCUGGAAAAGUUUUCGUUUGUCAUUGUGGAAGUAAGAAGUGCAGUGAAUAAACCUGAAGUACAAGAAAAACUCAAACCAAAAGUAAAAAAUGCUUUGCAAACUCUCAAGUCUGAACUGGACAUAAUUAAUCAAAAAUUACCCAAAACUGAACAUGUCAAAAUAUUAGUUUUGGCUAUAAAUGAACUUUCUUCGAAAUUGUCUUUUGUUGAUUCCAAAAUUAAAUUCACCGAACAAAAAACAAAAUCAGAGUCAGAAGUAUUGAAAAUUAUGUUACAACCAAUUAUGGACCUUUCGGAAGAAAUUACAACAUUACAAGCCGAUAUUAAAAAUGUUGAUGUAGUUCCUCAACAAGGAGUACUUAGUGUGAUAGAAUUAAAACAAGAAAUUCUUAAUUUGCAAGAAGCUAUCCUCACUUCUGAAGAGUUUUCGUCAGAGGAAGCUACAACUGUAUCUUCAGAAGCAUUGGACCAAAUUAAGUCUUUGCAAGAACCUUUACAAAAACUUUCUUCAAUCAUAGUAGAGGUCAGAAAUGUUGUUAAUAUGCCUGAAGUUCGCGAAGCAAAGAAACCGAAAGUCAAAAAAGCACUUGCAGCGCUGAAAUGCGAGUUAGAUAAAGUGUCGCAAAUCAUACCUGAAGCAAAAAUUUUGGAAGUUUCUUCUGGAGCAAUUCAAAAACUAUCAUCUAAAUUAUCAACCGUUGAAACAUCAAUAGAAAUAAAUCAAGAGUCUUUUGAACAGAAAGAAGUCGUUAUUCAACCAAUGUUACAAUUAUCUACAGAAUUAAAAACAUUAAACGCACAAAUUAAACAAGUUGAUGUUCCUCAACAAGGUGUUCUAUCUGUUGUGGAAAUUGAACCGGAAUUAUUGACUUUACAAGAAGCUUUAGGGGCUAUUGAACCAGUUGCUGAAUUCAAUGUAGAUCAGCUGAAGACUUUGGCAGAACCGAUGGAAAAACUCUCUUCGUUAGUUGUAGAAGUACAACAUGCAUUGAAUAAACCAGAAAUUCAAGAACAACAGAAACCUCGAGUAAGUGCAGCAUUACGUGGCAUAAAAUAUGAGUUAGAAAAAGUUUCUCAAAAUAUUCCGAAACUAAAAGAAGCAAAAACUACCCUAUUAGCUAUCGAAAAACUUUCUGCUAAGAUAACAGAAGUUGAGGAUCAGAUGAACGUAGAUGAAAAGUGUAAAAAAACGGAAUCAGAAGUAAUAAAAAUUAUACUUCAACCUAUUAUGGAUUUAACGGAAGAAAUAGGAGCAUUACAACAAGAUAUAGACGACGUCAAAAUAAUACCAAAACAAGGGGUCCUUAGUGUAAUUAAACUAAAAGACGAUCUAAGUUUCUUUCAAGAAUCGUUAAUUACUUCAAAAGAAUUUUCUUCUGAAAGUGUUUCAAACAUACCUUCUCAGAUGCUGCAAAAAAUUGAAUCUUUAAAAGAACCAAUAAAAGCACUUUCUGAAGUGGUAGUAGAAGUUCGUUGUGCUCUUAAAAGGCCAGAAAUUCGAACCGAAAAUAAACCCAAGAUGAAAAAAGCUUUGCUAACUGUAAAAUAUAAAGUUGAAGAAAUUUUGGAAUUGAAAAUACAAACACUGGAAGUAAUAGCAAAUCCUCUAAAACAACUUACAAACAAGAUAAAUGAAAUUGUGGAGUUGAUAGAUGCGGAAGAGAUACCGACUGAAAAAAGUUUAAAACUGAAAACUAGUCUAGUAGCAUUAUUGGAAGAAGUAAAAAUUUUAAAAGCCGAGAGCCAAAAUUUAAAUCUGCAACCGCAACAAGGCGUUGUAAGUUUGGUAGAAAUAGAAGCUAAUUUAACUAACCUUCAAGAAACUUUAAUCCAUUGUGAAGAAAGUGCUAUCGAAGAAGCUGAAAUUGUACAGAUUGAAUCACUAAAGCAACCACUUGAAAAGUUAUCCGCAGUCAUAGUUAAAGUAAAAGAAACUUUAAAUAAACCAGAAAUUAAAGAAAAAGAGCACAAAGUGUCUGAAGCUAUUUUAACUUUGAAAAGUAAAGUGGACAUAGUUGCGCAGAAAAUUUCCAAAGCCAAACCUCUACAAACAUCAGUUGUUGCUUUAGAACAGCUUUCGGCGAAAUUAUCUGAAAUUGAUACAAAAUUAACCGAACCAAAACAACAAACAAAAACUGAGUCAGAAGUAGUGAAGAUGAUGUUGCAACCUCUAAUGGACUUAUCUGAAGAAAUAAAAGCCUUAAAAGCAGAUACCGAAGAUUUGAAAAUAGUGCCUCAGCAAGGACUUCUCAGUUUGGUUGAAUUAGAGCAAGAAAUACAGAAAUUACAGGAAUCUUUGAUAAGUUCUGAACAAUUUUCUUCCGAAAAUGUUGCCAACAUAACACCUAUUGCUUUAAAUCAAAUUGAAGGUCUUAAGGAACCAUUGGAAACAUUUGCUGCUGUUGUUGUAGAUGUAAGGUGUGCUAUUAAGAAACCAGAAGUGCGAGAAGAGAAGAAGCCAAAAGUUAAAAAAGCACUAUUGGCGUUACAAUCGGAGUUGACAAAAGUCACUCAAAUAAUUCCAGAAGUAAAAAUGUUGAAUUCCUCAACUGUUCCAUUAACGAAACUCACACUCAAGCUUGGUGAAAUAGAAAAAAUUAUAGACAUGGUUGAGCAAGCACCUCAGAAAACAUCACAGCUUCAAAAAGAGUUAAUUGAACCAAUGUCUGGACUGGUUGAAAAAUUAAAAACUUUACAAACUAAAAUUAAAGAUGUUAAAAUUGCUCCACAACAAGGUGUCGUGGGAGUAAUAAAGCUGGAAAAAACCUUGACAGACUUACAAAACACGUUAAAUGUUUCUGCAGAAGAAGUUGAAAGUGUAAUUCCUGAAACAGUCAAAACUAUCAAAAUUUUGAAGGAACCAAUAGAAAAACUUUCAGCUCUGGUUGUAGAAAUAAAGGAAACGGUCAAUCAACCAGAAAUCCAUCUUCAACAAAAACCAAAAGUUAGUAAAGCCUUGUUGGCCUUAAAAUGUGAGCUAGAUAAAGUUAUUCAAACUUUACCUGAAUCAAAGUCUUUAGAAACAUCAAUCGUAUCUAUGACAAAGCUUUCAGCCGAGUUAUCAGAAAUUGAUAAUUUCAUUAAUUUACCAGAAAUUCCAACAAAAACUGAAUCGGAAGUAAUGAAAUACAUACUUCAACCAGUUAUGGAUUUAUCAGAAGAAAUAAAAGCGUUGCAAACCGAUGCAAAAGAUCUAAAUUUACAAUGUCAGCAAGGUGUUCUUAGUGUUACAGAAGUUCAGAGAGAAAUUUCUGAUUUACAAGAGGCCAUAAUUAGUUCAGAUCAACUUUCUUCUGAACAAAUCGCCGCAAUAACACCUGAAGUGUUGCAGCAAAUUGAAGCAAUAAAACAACCGAUAGAAGAAUUUUCUGCUGUCAUAAUAGAAGUCAGAAGUUCUCUUAAACAGCCAGAAGUUCGAGAAAACUGCAAGCCAAAAAUCAAAAAAGCACUGACAAGUUUGAAAUGUGAAUUGGAAAAAGUGACGCAAAUAAUUCCACAAGCAAAAAUGUUGGAAACGUCAUCAGUUGCAAUUAGCCAACUUUGUGCAAAGUUAACAAAUGUGGAACAACUAUUAGAUCAAGAAAAACCAAUAGAGGAACCUUCACAGCUGCAGGAAGCAGUCAUUCAGCCCGUCUGUGCUUUUACUGAAGAGUUAAAAAUAUUAAAAACAGAAAUUGAUAAUGUAAAACUAGUCCCACAGCAAGGUAUCAUAAGCAUUGUAGAAGUCGAAAAAGAUUUUUUUGCGUUACAAAAAGAACUUGUAAAUUUUGAACAAAGUGGAGAUAUUUCUGGUGAAACAGCUGGUGAUGAAAUUAAAAUUUUAAAAGAGCCUCUGGAAAAACUCACAGCAGUAGUAGUGGAAAUGAAAAAUAAAUUGCACAAACCCGAAAUACGCCAAGAACAAAAACCUAAAUUAUGCAGAGCCCUGAAUGCUCUUAAAUGCGAAUUAGAAAAAAUACCACAGAAAUUACCCGAAACAAUAUCUUUGGAAUCUACUAUUGUAGCCAUGAAGAAGCUUUCUGCGACAAUCUCUGAAGUCACAGAAAUGAUAAAUCUACCGGAAAAACCAAAGAAAACAGAAUCGGAAGUUAUCAAGACAAUGUUGCAACCACUCAUGGACCUUUCUGAAGAAAUGACAGCCUUGCGAGCGGACAGUACAGAUUUAAAUUUGAUACCACAACAAGGAGUUCUUACUGUUCUUGAUUUAGAACCUGAAUUAGUUUCGUUGCAAGAAGCUUUGAUAACGUCGGAGUCAUUUUCGUCUGAAGAAGCGGCAAAUAUAACCACACAAAAUUUAAUUCAAAUCGAAGCCUUGAAAGAACCUCUAAAAGAAGUUUCCGCUCUUGUGAUAGAAGUAAGAAGUCAACUUAAAAAACCAGAGAUAAUAGAACAGUGUAAGCCAAAAGUAAAGAAAGCCCUUGAAGCUUUACAUUGUGAAUUAGAACAUGUAAUGCAAAUAAUUCCUGAAGUAAACAUUUUGAAAACAACUUCUGCUGAAAUUGAAAAACUUUCAGGAAAAAUAAUUGAAGUCCAACAUUUAAUUGAACAAAGUGACAAACGGAAAAAUAAAUCAAAAAUAUCCGAAGUCCUUCUUGAACCUAUGUCAACUUUAAUUGAAGAAGUAAAAGUGUUACGAGAAAAAACUCAAAGUUUAGAAAAAACUCCUCAACAAGGGAUACUCAGUGUAGUAGAGAUAGAACAAGAAGUAGCUUCUCUACAGGAAGCUUUGCUUGCUUCUGAAAAAUGUGAAGAUAUCACUAACUUACCUUCUGCAAUCAUAGAAAAAAUUGAAGCAUUGAAGGAACCCAUAAAACAACUUUCUGCUGUUGUGGUAGAACUAAAGUUUACUACAACUAAAGCACUAAUUGAAGAAAGAGAAAAAGAAAAAACGCAUAAUGCCUUAAUGGCAUUAAAGUCUCAACUAGAUGAAAUUAAACCAGUGCCAAUUGAAACGAAAACUUUGGAAAUUCUAACUCUUUCUUUCAAUAAAUUAUCGGCAAAAAUAUCAGAAAUAGAUAGCAAAAUUGGAAAAGAAGACAAGCAAACAAAAACAAACAAACUACAGCUUAUUCUUCAACCUGUCUCAAACUUAGUAGAAAAUGUAAAAGCUUUAAAAUGCGAGACUAAAAGAAUAGAGGAAUCUGCCCAGCAGGGACUGUUGAGUGUAGUUGAAAUUGAAAAAGACCUUUUGUCUCUACAAGAAGCAAUUAUGGAUUCUAGUCACUUAAAAGUAGAAGAAAUUGAAAAUAUGCCUUGCAACGCUUUGGAACAAAUUGCCGCUUUAAAACAACCACUUGAAAAACUAUCAUCUGUAAUAAUUGAAACAAAAUCUGCAGUUAAAAAACCUGAAAUACAAAAACAAGAAAAACCAAAAUUAUCUAAGGCUUUGUCUGCCCUUAAGUGUCAGUUAGAAGAAAUAUCGCACAGUAUACCUGAAGUUAAAUCUUUACAAAUGUUAAGAACAUCUGCUAAAAAAUUAUCAGCGACUUUAUCCGAAGUUGAAAACAAAAUUUGUGAAAAACCUAAGAGAGAAGAUUUACAUCUAACAGAAAUGGUUCUUCUUCCGGUGAAAAACUUAUUAAAAGAAGUAAAAGCACUUCAAACUGAAUGUAUAAAAAUUGAAAAAUUACCCCAGAGAGGUGUUUUAAGCGUGGUUGAUCUUGAAAAAGAACUUCUAGUUUUGCAAGAAUCUCUAUUAAAUUCUGAACAAACGUCGAUUGAAGAAAGCCAGACUUUACCUUCUGCCACGGUGGAGCAAGUAAAAUCUUUAGGAGAACCUUUGCAGCAAUUAACAGCUAUUGUUAUUGACCUAAAAAAUGUUACACACAAAGCGACAUUACAAGCACAAAAACCAAAAGUGCAAAAAGCUGUAUUGGCCCUAAAAUGUAAGUUGGAAGAAAUUCAGUGUAUUAUUCCAGAAGUGAAAUCAUUACAGAAAUCGACUAAUGCUGUUCAAAGUCUCAAAGCAAAAUUAUCAGAAAUUGCAAGCAGACUGGAAGAUAAGCAAAAAUUGGGUGAAAUUAUCCUUGAACCAGUUACUAACCUAUCAAACGAUCUUAAAGCUUUACAUGCUAAAGCGGUAGAUGUUAAGUCAACCGCCCAACAAAGUAUAUUGAGUGUCACAAAAAUUGAAAAAGAACUAUUUUCUUUACAAAGUAGUUUAACUGAAUCCGAUACUCUGAUUUCUGAGACAACUGAGAAUAUAUCACCUGAAACAUUGACACAAAUAGGCACCCUGAAAGAACCAUUAGAGAAACUUUCAGCUACUGUUGUGGAAAUAAGAAGUAUUGUUGAGAAACCAAAGGUAAUCGUGAAACAAAUACCAAAGUUACUGAAAACUUUUCAAGCUUUAAAAUGUAAACUAGAUGAAGUGUACCAAAAAGUUCCUGAAACUAAAGCUUUACAAAAGACUCUAAUUGCAAUCAAACAAUUAUCAGCAAAACUUUCAGUGGUUGAAAAAGAAAUGGCAAUUUCACCAAAAAAUUUAACAAUUUCUGAACUUGUUUUAGAACACGUUAUUACUCUAGCCAAUAGUGUUCAGUCUCUUAAGGCAGAAUGCAAAGACAUUUCAUCUUCUAAACAAGAGGGUGUUUUGGGUAUUACCCAAACAGAUCAAGAUCUACAAGAAUUGAAAGAAAGUAUUAUAGAAACAGAAAAAUUAUCUUUUGAGGAAACAGAAGAUAUAAAACCUGAAGUUUUAGAAAAAAUACACUUGUUGGCAGACCCUUUGCAGAAACUGUCUGCCAUUGUUGUGACUGUAAAAGAUUCAGCAAACAAGACAGAAGUGCAAGAAGUACUUAAACCUGAAAUAAAAACGGCAGUCAAAGCUCUAGUCGGUCAAUUAGAAGAAAUUAAUCACGUAAUUCAUGAAGCUAAACCACUACAGGCAACAUCUGUAGCUUUCAAAAAACUACAGUCUUCAUUAUCCCAUAUUAUCGAAGAAGUUAAAGAAGAGAAACAACCUAAAAAGUCAAUUGAUUUGAAAAUUUUGACUCAAUGUAACGCACAGUUUGAGGACGAAAUAUCUUUACUGGAAAAACAAACAGAUUUGGACACAAAUGUUAAUACGCUGUUAAAAGACCUCAUUUCACUUAGGAAAGUUCUAAAACAGUUUAAUUCUGUCUUAGUGGAAUGCCAGAAUAUGCAAGAUAUUGAAGUAAAUGAAAAAAUUUCCGGAAAAAUUGAUUCACUAAAAGAGCUGUAUGACAACGUUAUUGUAGAAAUUGUAAAAAUUAAUUCGUCUCCAGAAAAAACUGCAUUGAAUGAUAUAAAAUUAGUCGGAAAUCAAUUACAAAUAUUUGGUGCAGAAUUAGAAAAAGUUGCGACUGUUUGCGACUCAAGCCCACUUGAAAACUUGCUUUGCUCUGGAUUUAAAAAUUAUUCUGAAAGCAUUACUAAUGCUGCAAGGGCACUGUUGAUACAGACAAGACUCGAUCUUUCAAUUCUCAAAGGAACCAAAGAAUCAUUAAAUAAAAUGAAAGGACAGUUUACGGCAAAUACCAAAAUUAGAGAAUUUGAGGAAAACAAUCAAAACACUGAAGCUCUUCAACUGCAGGAUCUAAAUGGUCCUCUCCAAAAGAUGUUUGAUACGAUUUCAGAAAUAGAAAAUCUUAAAGGCCUACUAGAUAUGAAAGAUUUAAAUAAAAAGGACGAACACGAUCUGAGGGAACUAAGAGAUCACUUACACAAUUUAUCUUUAAUCAUAUCGGAAAUACCUUAUUUAGAAAUAUUUAGCAACAAUUUGAAUAAUGUUAAAAAAAUUGCAACCGUAAUCUUAAAUGAAAAAAAUCAUAACAAAUCUGUCGGAAUGCUUAAGGAAUCUUUAGAACUGCUGUCUAAUCAAAUAACUAAAAUACAAAGCCGUAUAGAUAAUGUUACUUUUGAAUACGUGAUUGAUGAAGAUGAAAAUCAAAAAAACAAAGAAGAAGCUGAAAACAAAGUUAAGGAGCAAGUUGGAAAAGAAGAUAAAAAGGGGGCUGAUGCAGAAGUUAAAGACAAAACAGAAACAAAGGGUAAACAGAAAACAGAAAAGGAAGCUAAAGAAGAAACUGAAAUCAAAGCCAAAGAAGACGCUGAAAAGAAAAUUAAAAAGGAAGCUGAGAAAAAAGCUAAAGAAGAAACUGAAAAGAAAUCGAAAGAGGAAGCUGAAAAGAAGGCGAAAAAAGAGACCGAGAAGAAGGGUAAAGAAGAACCCGAAAACAAAGCUAAAGAAGAGAAUGAAAAGAAACUUAAAGAAGAAGCUGAUAAAAAAGCUAUAGAGGAAGCUGAGAAAAAAGCUAAAGAAGAAGCUGAAAAGAAAGCGAAAGAGGAAGCUGAGAAGAAGGCUAAAGAAGAAACCGAGAAAAAGUCUAAAGAAGAAACUGAUACUAGAGUAAAAGAAAAAGCUAAGAAAAAAGCCGAAAAGAAAGCAAAAGAAGAAACUGAGGAGAAAACUAAAGAAGACGUCGAGAAAAAAGCUUAUGAAGAAACUGAAAAGAAGGUUACAGAAGAAGCUGACAAGAAGGCCAAAAAGGAAGCUGACAAGAAAACUAAAGAAGAAGCUGAAAAAAUAUCCAAAGAAGAAGCUGAAAAGAAAGUUAAAGAAGAAGCUGAUAAGAAAGCUAAAGAGGAAACUGAGAAGAAAGCGCAAGAGGAAGCUGAGAAAAAAUCUAAAGAAGAGGCUGAAAAGAAAGCGAAAGAAAAAGCUGAGAAAAAAGAGAAAGAAGAAACUGAAAAUAAAGCGAAAGAGGAAGCUGAGAAGAAGGUUAAAAAGGAAGUUGAAAAGAAAGCCAAAGAAGAAGUUGAAAAGAAAGCGAAUGAGGAAGCUGAAAAGAAAGUUAAAGAGGAAGCUGAGAAAAAGAUUAAAGAAGAAGCUAAAAGGAAAGCUAAAGAAGAAGCUGAAAAGGAAGCUAAGGAAGAAUCUGAAAAAAAGGCUAAAGAGGAAGUUGAAAAGAAAGCGAAGGAGGAAGCUGAGAAGAAAGCCAAAGAAGAAGCUGAAAAGAAAGCGCAAGAGGAAGCUGAUAAGAAAGCGAAGGAGAAAGCUGAAAAGAAAGUUAAAGAGGAAGCUGAGAAAAAGGUUAAAGAAGAAGCUGAAAGGAAAGCUAAAGAAGAAGCUGAAAAGGAAGCUAAGGAAGAAUCUGAAAAGAAGGCUAAAGAGGAAGUUGACAAGAAAGCGAAGGAGGAAGCUGAGAAGAAAGCGCAAGAGGAAGCUGAGAAAAAAGCUAGAGAAGAAGCUGAAGAGAAAGCUAAAGAGGAAGCUGAAAAGAAAGCGAAGGAGGAAGCUGAAAAGAAAGCGAAGGAGGAAGCUGAGAAGAAGGCCAAAGAAGAAGCUAAGAAAAAAGCUAAAGAAGAUGCUAAAAAGAAAGCCAAAGAAGAAGCUGAGAACAAAGUCAAAGAAGAAGCUGAAAAGAAAGCGCAAGAGGAAGCUGAAAAAAAAGCUAAAGAAGAAGCUGAAGAGAAAGCUAAAGAGGAAGCUGAAAAGAAAGCAAAGGAGGAAGCUGAAAUGAAAGCAAAGGAAGAAGCUGAGAAGAAGGCUAAAGAAAAAGCUAAAAAGAAAGCUAAAGAAGAAGCUGAGAAGAAGGCUAAAGAGGAAGCUGAAAAGAAAAUGAAAGAGGAAGCUGAAAAGAAAGCGAGGGAGGAAGCUGAGAAGCAGGCUAAAGAAAAAGCUGAGAAAAAAGCUAAGCAAGAUGCUGAAAAGAAAGCCAAAGAAGAAGCUGAGAAAGAAGCCAAAGAAGAAGCUGAAAAGAAAGUGAAAGAGGAAGCUGACAAAAAAGCUAAAGAAAAAGCUGAAAAUAAAGCUAAAGAAGAAGCUGAGAAGAAGGCUAAAGAGGAAGCUGAUAAGAAAAUGAAAGAGGAAGCUGAAAAGAAAGCGAGGGAGGAAGCUGAGAAGCAGGCUAAAGAAAAAGCUGAGAAAAAAGUUAAAGAAGAUGUUGAAAUGAAAGCCAAAGAAGAAGCUGAAAAGAAAGCUAAAGAAGAAGCUAAUAAGAAGGCUAAAGAGGAAGCUGAAAACAAAAUGAAAGAGGAAGCUGAAAAGAAAGCGAAGGAGGAAGCUGAGAAGAAGGCUGAAGAAAAAGCCGAGAAUAAAGCUAAAGAAGAUGCUAAAAAGAAAGCCAAAGAAGAAGCUGAUAACAAAGCCAAAGAAGAAGCUGAAAAGAAAGCGCAAGAGGAAGCUGAGAAAAAAGCUAAAAAAGAAACUGAAGAGAAAGCUAAAGAAGAAGCUGAAACGAAGGCUAAAGAGGAAUGUGAAAAGAAAAUGAAAGAGGAAGCUGAAAAGAAAGCGAAGGAGGAAGCUGAGAAGAAGGCUAAAGAAAAAGCCGAGAAAAAAGCUAAAGAAGAUGCUGAAAAGAAAGCCAAAAAAGAAGCUGAGAAAAAAGCCAAAGAAGAAGCUGAAAAGAAAGUGAAAGAAGAAGAUGAGAAGAAGGUUAAAGAGGAAGCUGAAAAGAAAGUAAAAGAGGAAGCUGAAAAGAAAGCGAAGGAGGAAGCUGAGAAGAAGGCUAUAGAAAAAGCCGAGAAAAAAGCUAAAGAAGAUGCUGAAAAGAAAACCAAAGAAGAAGUUGAGAAAAAAGCCAAAGAAGAAGCUGAAAAGAAAGCGAAAGAAGAAGCUGAGAAGAAAGCGAAAGAAGAAGCUGAGAAGAAAGCUAAAGAAAAAGCUGAAAAGAAAGCUAAAGAAGACUCUGAAAAAAUAGCCAAAGAAGAAGCUGAAAAGAAAGUGAAAGAAGAAGCUGAUAAGAAAGCUAAAGAGGAAGCUGAGAAAAAAACCAAAGAAGAAGCUGAAAAGAAAGCGCAAGAGGAAGCUGAGAAAAAAGCUAAAGAAGAAGCUGAAAAGAAAGCUGAAAAAGAAGCUGAAAAGAAAGCGAAAGAGGAAGCUGAAAAGAAAGAGAAGGAGGAAGCCGAAAAAAAAGCGAAAGAGGAAGCUGAGAAGAAGGCCAAAGAAAAAACCGAGAGAAAAGCUAAAAAAGAUGCCGAAAAAAAAGCCAAAGUAGUGGUUGAGAAAAAAGUCAAAGAAGAAAGUGAAAAGAAAGCGAAAGAGGAAGCUGAGAAUAAAGCUAAAGAAGCUGAAAAGAAAGCUGAAGCAGAAGCUGAAAAGAAGGCUAAAGAUGAAGCUGAAAAUAAAGCGAAGGAGGAAACUGAGAAACAAGCUAAAGAUGAAGCUGAAAAGAAAGCCAAAGAAAAAACUGAAAAUAAGGUUAAAGAAGAAGUUAAGAAAGAAACUAAAGAACAAAUUGAAAAGAAAUUGAAACAGAAAACAGAGCAGGCUACAGAAGAAGCCGACAAAAAGAAAGGCAAACAUGAAGCUGAAAAUAAGGCUAAAGGGGAAGCCGAAAAACAAUCAAAAGAAGAGGCAAACACCAAAUUUAGAGAAACUAAAAAAGUAGCUAAAGAGGAAGGUGAAAAGAAGGUAGAAAUUCAAAAAGAAAAAAUUCACACAGAAUUUAAUAACCACAAUAACGCUCAGAGUAAUGGUGAAUGUAGUACUUACAAAUCCCAAUCCUCAAUUCAGUAUAAAAACGAAGUCUGUAACGGUGAAGACAAAUUAGGAUUCGAAAUAAAAAGAAAUAAACAGUUUGAAGGAAGAACAUUUUAUGACGACAAUCUGGAAAUGUUUAAACCUCAGAGUUAUCAUGGACCUAGAUUUGCCGACAGGAAACCAAUUUUCAGCACAAGCUUAACAGAUCGUUCGGCUACUGUCGAUUCCAGAGUAAAACUUACUUGCAGCAUUAUCAAUGCUGAAAAUGUAACCACAAUGUGGUUGAAAAACGGAAAAACCCUAACUCAGACCGACAAAUACGAUAUUUCAUUUUCCAAUGGGUUGGCAUCUUUGGAAAUAUUGAACACCACUAUAGAAGAUUCAGGCGAAUACAGCUGUAUAGCCAAAAAUGAACACGGCGUAAGUACAACAUUCGCCAAUUUGAAAAUUUUAGAAGCAAUUGACACCACGGUAUCCCCGCCCACGUUCACAAGACCACUGAAAGAUUCAUACAAGAUUUCUGAAGACGAAUUAAUCCUUGAAUGUCGAAUCAGGUAUUCGCACUCUCACAAUAUAAAGUGGUACAAAGAUAGCUUCGAGCUUCAAAGUGGAGGAAGAUACAGACAGAGUUAUUCCGCAGAUGGAAUUUGUAAAUUAUCGAUAAAAAAUCCUGAGAAAAGUGAUACUGGGAGGUACACUUGUAGGGCAGAAAAUGAGUUAUGGAGCGACCAAGUCUCUCACGAAAUUAAUUUUACAUCAAAGGAAGAUUAUGUUGCGGAAAAAUACAAAACGAAAAGUAUUCUCAAGGGACCCCGUGAUCAACACAAACCCUAUUUUGCGGGAGUUCUGACGGACCAUUUGGUACCAUCAGGAGGAAUAAUGGCUCUGCAGGUGGAAAUUAAAGGCCCUGCUGAAAUCACAUGGUUUAAAGAGAGCCAUAAGUUACCCAAAGCGUCUUCACGACAUCGAACCUUUGAAGAACGUGGAGUUCACACUCUUCUCAUCCCCAACGUGACCGAAUUCGAAGCCGGGAAGUACACCUGCAGAGCUUCUAAUAUCUUUGGACGAAGUGAAACUAGUUCUUACGUGCAAAUUAUCCACCCAUCUUCAAUUCGCGAUGGAAAACCAGCAAUGUUUCUCUCAAGACCUGACACUGUAAUGACUGUAACCCCCGAAUCGGACAUUGUAGUCUCUUUUAGAGUUACUGGAGAUCCAAAACCAUCAAUUGUUUGGAUGAAAGGGUUGCACGACAUAACAACGACCCAUAGGACUUACAGGGAAACAUCCGACGAUUACAAUAGACUAACCCUGAAAAGGGCUACCGAGGACGACGUCGGUACUUAUUGCAUUUUGGCUAGGAAUCGUUUUGGCACUGACAGAGCCUUUUUCACUGUUCGUUUGCGACACAGGGCGCGAUCUGUGACCCCAACCAAGGAAACAACUCAAUCAAUCCUCACCGAUAUUCCAAGCUUCCAGGAGAGAAAAUACUUCACUGACGUUCCAGGCCCUAUCACUGGUGAACCCGUGGUUGUUGACACCGGCCGCAACUGGAUCUCGCUUUCCUGGGGCAAACCGGAACACCGAGGAGCAGCCCCCGUAAUAGCGUACAAAAUUGAAGCUUGGCUUCGGGGCGGUGAAGAGGCAAGAUGGACCGACCUCGGAGUUUCUCCACUCAAUAGCUUCGAUGCGUUCAAUUUAAAACCCGACGGUGAAUACCAAUUCCGAAUAACACCCAGAAACAGGUAUGGAUGGGGAGAGAGCGUCCAAAGUGGCUCAAUCGUAAUUGGAAGAACAGUAAACUUACCCGAAUUUAUAAGAAUUUUACCCGGCCAAUUGAAAGUUUUAUUGGGUUCAGACGUUUCACUGGAAUGCGAAGUCAGGGAAGAUCCGUCGCUGGUAAUACGGUGGUUCCGGGAUGCCAGCGAGGUAUUCCCCGAGGAUGAUGAGAGAUACCAAAUCGGAUACAAGAACGGAAUUUGUACAUUGUCGAUAAGUCGGAUUAAUGAAAAUGAUGAAGGGAGAUUUAUGUGUGAAGCUACAAAUAAAGCUGGCAGGGUUUCAACAUUUGCGAGAGUUUUUACUGUUAGUGAUCCAAAAAUUUUAUCGGCUGAUAAAAAUUUGAAAUUGAGAAUAAAUGAUUAUGAUAAGGUCACUUCUUUGCCUCCACAAUUUACCAUGAGGUUGAGAGAUCGAAGAGUGCAAGUUUCAUAUCCAGUGCGUCUCACUUGCCAAAUCGCUGGCUGUCCAGAACCAAGAAUAAAAUGGUACAAAGAUGACGUAGAAAUAAAACAAGACGCGCGUUUCCAAUUCUCGUCCGAAGACCAUUUCCACACACUCGAAAUUGCCAAAACAGUCUUGGAAGAUUCAGGAAUUUACUGUGCAGUGGCUCGCAAUAACCACGGAUCGGUUUCAUGCAGAUGCAAUUUAGUGGUAGACAAAGGUAUUCGCGCUUAUAUUUCUCCACAGUUCCAAAACCAGCUGGAACCAUCAACUAGUGAAAUAAAAGAAGGGAAAGAAUUGCGUUUAACCGGUAAAGUUCAAGCCUACCCGGCAGUAGGAGUCAACUGGUACAAAAACGGGGUUCGUUUGAGACCUUCGAGGAAGUCUAUAAUGACUCUAUCAUACGAUGGAAGAGUGGCACUCACUGUUACCUCGAUAAAUAAGAGAGAUGCAGGUGUUUACACUUGCGUUGCCGCCAAUGAAGUUGGACAAGCCGAAAGUAGCGCUACUGUUGAAGUUGUGGAAGUUACAGCAGAUGUAGAUGCUGAUGCUGCUGUGGCAAAAAUACCUCCUCUAGGAAAAGACGUUCCGUACUCAAAGGAGCCCAAAUUUUUGAAGAAACCUAGAUCCUCGGAGGCUUAUGAAGGCGAUAACAUCGUGAUUUUAUGCGAAGUCAUUGGUGAUCCCAAACCCGAAGUCGUAUGGCUCAGGGACUUCUUGAAGCCUGAUUAUUAUAAAGAUGCAUCUCAUUUUCUUCGUAUUGGUGACGGUCCUGAAUAUCGACUCGAAAUACCUAAUGCUAAGUUAGAUUUCACCGGAACUUACACAGUUUAUGCCAAGAAUUGUUACGGGGAUGCUAAAGCCAUCAUUUCCUUACAAAUCAAAGUCAAAGAUAAUUCAGAAUUGAGCAAAAUGGAGAAUGGCAAAAAAAUCAGCAACAUCCAAACUAUACCAUCAAUUGUACAAGAACUCAAAGAUUUGAGAUGCUGUGAUGGUGAUAGUGUUGCUUUAGAAUGCAAACUUGGAGGAAAUCCACCUUUUGAUGUAAGGUGGGAAAAAGAAGGCAAAUUAAUUCAUUUAGGAGAAGAUUUUAACGCUGAAUUUGACGGCGAAACUGCCACUUUGUCUAUCAAACAAGUCUAUCCCGAGGAUGAAGGCGAAUAUACUUGCGUGGCGUACAACGACUUGGGGAAAGUCUUCACUUCUGCUUGUCUAUUAGUGGACUUGCCUGAAGAAAAGGAAAAUCUUCUCAAACAACAACUAAGACAACCCUCAAACUUAACCGUCAAUUCUACGACCGCUAGAGCUUCACGAAGUGUUUCUCCACUUCCUCGUUCCCUUGCCUACCCCCCUGUAACCAGUCGAGGGUAUCGCAUCAGAGCUGCGCCCCCAAAAUUCUACGCAAUUCCCCACAAUCGUGUAGCUGAAGAGGGCGAAACUGUCCGAUUCCAGUGUGCCGUAGCCGGCCACCCCGACCCUUGGGUAACCUGGUCAAAAGACGGUUCUCCCCUCUCUUCAUCUUCGAGGAUCACUAUAACGGAAGUAGACGAUUUGAGGAUUUUAGAAAUUCGGGAAAUCACUCCACACGAUUCCGGCAUGUACAAAGUUGUCUUGGAGAACGACGUUGGAAGGAUUGAAGCUUCAGCAAGACUGGAAGUAAUUUCGCAUCGUUUUGCUUCUGCCAGAGGCCUUCGAGCUCGAAGUCUGUCACCUAAACCCCACGAUUCGUACGGAAGGGGUUUUGGGGGUAGUUCAGUGAGGUAUGGGAGUACUGCUCGACUUUUCUACGACAUUCGUUCAGUACCUACGCCUUUCUUGAAAUGGUACAAAGAUGGGGUGCCUAUUGCGGAUUCGGCCAAGUUUGAAGUUUACCAUGAUAAGGGGGUUGCCUGUUUGGUUGUCAAAGAAGCGACGUUUGGGGAUCAAGGGUCGUAUAAGUGUGUUGCGACAAAUGGUGAAAAUUCAGUGGAAUCUAUUGUCGAGUUGAAGAUAAUGAAAGAAGAACUGGCGCCAAGGAUUACUAAUCCGCUGCUAAAGUCGCUCAAUGUUACCGAAGGAAAUCCGGUGACGUUGCGAUUAGAGGUUACCGGAAGACAGCCGUUUGAUGUUGUUUGGAUGAAGGACGGAUGUGUGUUACCGGAUUGCGCCCAAUUCCGCCAAAGUUGUGAAGACGAGUUUGUUGUCUUAGCAGUGAACGAUGCGAAAUCACAAGACUCGGGCUGCUACACAUGUGAAGUCUAUAAUUUGUUUGGAGAAGCAUCUGCGAAAUGUCAGCUGGUCGUUCAUGAAAAGUGCGGUAAAUCGUUCGACUUUGUAAAGUUCCCAUCGCCGGUGAUCACAACGUCAGGAAAAACUGUCAGUUUUUGUGUCAAAGUGAAGAAUGCGGACGCAGACAAGCCGAAAAUCUCAUGGGAAGUUGCCGGAGUUCCUGUAACUGUAGGCAGCAGAUUCCAGGUAGAGGAAGAUGGUGACGUCGACAUUCUCCACAUUACCGGAGUGACACAUCUCGAUGUUGGUGAGGUAAAGUGCACGGCUACGAAGCAGUCGAAGUCGGCGACUAGCGCAGAAGCCAUCACUUGUAGCACUCAACUGACAGUCGUGCCGGACUUGGAUAGCUUCGUUGUGCUUGAGGGUAGCAGUGCUAGUGCAGCCUCCAUGGAGGCGUUGAACGGAGUGUCUUCGGGAGUUAAGAGUGAUGUGAUGGUGGUGUCUAAAAUCGACGAACCUGCGAUGCUCCUGAGGAAGCCUCAAGACACCACAGCACUAGUAGGUGAUAGGGUGCUGCUCAAGGCCACUUAUAUGGGUCAUCCGGAACCUACGGUCCGAUGGACGAAAGCGGGUAAAGAAUUAAAGAAUGAUGAACGGACCAGUAUCACAUCUGGCGACGGCGUUUCUUGUCUGUUGCUGCAAAACAUCACCACUGACGACAGCGGAAAAUACGACGUUUCCGUGGAAAAUCGUUUCGGGGCCGAUUCAAAUUACGCAUCUGUUUCAGUUGAAGGACCCCCGGACCCUCCAAGCGGAAAGCCAUGCGUCUCCGCUAUCAUGGACAGCAUCACCGUAGCGUGGAGCAGCUCACCUUACGACGGAGGAAAAAUAGUCACCGGUUUCGCCGUCGAAUAUUCCCUCGCCGGCAGCGAUGUUUGGUCAACGGCGACUGAAAAUUGUUACUCUUUGAGAUAUACAAUCAAAGGACUUCAACUCGGGGCCCGAUACUUGUUUCGAGUACGUGCACAAAACGUUCACGGUUACAGCAAACCUAGUCAAGAGUCUGAUCCCUUACUUUUAGAAGAAAAAAGUAAUAAUCUAAUAAGUUUUACACGAAUUUCUUACAAAUUAUUUUUAGCUGAUUCGGGCUUCGAACCUCGAAUUGUCACUCUAGAACCUGGGCCGGAAUUCAAAUCGCGAUUUGAAGUUUUAGAAGAGUUGGGAAAAGGGCGAUUUGGCGUCGUCCACAAAGUUAUGGAUAAAACGAGUUUACAAAAGCUCGCCGCUAAAUUUAUUAAGUGUAGGACCUCCAAAGAUAGAGAUAAGGUGCAGGAAGAGAUCGAUAUUAUGAAUCUUUUAAGGCACCAAAAACUUUUACAACUCGCUGCAGCGUUUGAUAAUCCCAAAGAAAUGAUCAUGGUGACGGAAUAUAUCUCUGGCGGAGAAUUAUUCGAACGUGUGGUCGCCGAUGAUUUCACUUUGACUGAAAAAGACUGUAUCCUCUUCAUGCGCCAAAUAUGCGAAGGCGUGGCUUAUAUGCAUAGUCAAAACAUAGUUCAUUUAGAUCUAAAACCGGAAAACAUCAUGUGUCACACACGAACUUCGCACGAAAUCAAAAUCAUCGAUUUUGGUCUUGCCCAAAAACUCAAUCCUGACAAACCAAUUCGAGUACUUUUCGGUACUCCGGAAUUUAUUCCACCCGAAAUAAUAAAUUACGAGCCUAUCGGAGUCGAGUCUGAUAUGUGGUCUUUGGGUGUCAUCUGUUACGUAUUAUUAUCCGGUCUUUCACCAUUUAUGGGAGACAAUGACGCUGAAACUUUCGCCAACAUCACCAGAGCAGAUUACGACUUUGAAGACGAGGCUUUUAACACAGUCUCGCAGAAUGCUAGAGAUUUUAUCGCCGCGCUUUUGCUCAAAAGAAGAGAAGAUAGGUUAUCGGCCGAACAGUGUCUAAAACACAUUUGGUUGGACCCAGAAAGCCAUAAAAAUACCGUUGUGCUCUCCACUGAUAAACUCAAGAAAUUUAUAAUAAGACGCAAGUGGCAGAAAACCGGAAACGCAAUCCGCGCAUUAGGACGAAUGGCGACUCUUUCAGCAAGUAGACGUAAUUCAGCAAAUUCAACUCCUAGUACUCCUCGACCAUCGAUAACCGGUUUAAAAAUGUCCAGUCUUAACGAAGAAAACACAAACGGUGUUUCUCCAUUUGAAAAUGAGAUUAAAUCCUUACCUGAAGAAGUCUUAUGUAACAAUAAUGUGGACUCAUUUAAAGAAAACGGGUUUGAAGAAAUGGAAAAUAAAAAAGUAAUACGUACUAGAGCUCACAGUGAACGUAGCGAUAGUGGAGUGAGUGACUGUUCCUCUCAUUUGACAAGUAGUUCUUGCACAUCUACUCCUCUUUUGGGAAAGAAAUUUCCUAUCAAUGAAGAACCGGAACCACAACGUAAAAUUUCAGACAAUGAAACGUCACCGAAAUUCGUUUCUAACACUUCUAUAAUUUUGAGUCCUGCUUGUCGUAUUAAGCCAAUUGAGAAAAUUGACGAAAUCAAAAGACCCGAUGUGUUAAAACUGGAAAGUAAAAUUGAUACACUAACCAAAAAAGUGACUUCAAAAUCUAAAUCACCAAGUUCGACAGGUAGCCUAAAACGGUUGCCCAUCUAUUCAUCUCGAUCCGUGGCCAAAACCAUCAAGAAAUUUGACAAAAUCGACACACUCCCAAAACCUGUAGAUAGUAGUAAUAAUAAAUUAGAGCAAGCUAAACCCAGUAAAACAGAAAAAAAUGACGCCAUCAAUCUGCUCGAAGUUAAUAACAAGCUAAAUAAAACUGCUUCGUCUCCAGUGCAACACAAAAAAUUGUUAAGUAUUUCUAAAACUCCCAAAGCUAUAGAUGAUAGAAACGAUAAAAUAUCUUCUAAGUCAACUGUUGAAAAAAUAGUUCAGAAAAUAUCGUCUCCUAACGAAACUAAUAACUUGAAACCUCCGAGUGUAAAAUAUAAGUGUCCUUCGCCGUCUCUUUUGAGGAAAACUCAAGCGGUUUUAGCCAAAGAGCAGUCAAACGAAUAUUACAUGUCCAAGCAUAAUAAUUCGAACCAAUUGAAUGAUCAAAUUUCAAAAACUUGUCCAAAAUCGCCGGCCGUAAAUCGAAAAGACAAACCAAAAAGCGCAAGUUUUCAGAAAGCUGCUGCUUUCUGGAAUUCGCCAAAAAGUUAACUGACGCGUAUUAGUACCUAUGUUUAAUGUAUAUAAUUUUAUCUUCUGUGUAAUUAGUGCUUUAAGAUGUAUAAAUAUUUAGAGGUAGGUCUACUCUCUUGUUCUAACGUUUUGUGUUUUCAAAGAGCUGUUGUAUCCUCCAAUUAUGUACCUAUAUUAAUGUAACAAUGACUAAAAUAAAUUAUAUUUAUUACUGUUUA